UCAGAACGGGCUAGGUGACGUGGCACCGGGAACAUCAUUAGCAGCUACUCCUCGGCAAGCACGCGCUCUUUACCGGGCAGCAACCGAGCCGGUCGAGACGACUUUUAUUCCCCUCAGGGCUGGGCUGUACGAUCGAGAUAAUGGCGUCAAAUAACAGUCAGGUUGGAAAGUGGGAAGUCGUGAAAAAAAGCAAGAAACCGGGCACCGCCGGCAGCGGAGGGAAACAUCUCGGGGAGAAGAAAACUGGACGGAAAGCUCUGAGCGAAUCCAACGUGACGAGGACCGAGCAGUUUCCUCCCCUGGUGACAUCGGGGACAUUGUUCGAGGCUUUUGAGAAGAUGGGGAAGAAGCAUAACAAGGAGCAGGUUCCUCCAGCCGAGCCCAGCAACAAGAAGCCUUCAGCGGGCAAACAGAAGGCCAAGCUUCCCCCUGCCUCUACACAGACACACAACACACACAAGAACCUGGAGGAUGCAUUCAAAGCUAUGGACGUGGGGGAGCUGAAGCAGCAGUUGGACCGGAGCCAGACUCUGUUCCCUGACAACCCGUCAGUGUGGGUCAAAGACCUGGCAGGAUACCUCAACCACGCCCUGGCUGCUCCAGAGACUGAUCCCACCCUCAGCAGCUACACACACGAUUACCCAUACUGCCUUGCGGGAAAGGAGCUGAGGGGUGUGGUCAAAGCUUUGAUUGGUCGCUGCAACGAGAGUCUACAGGACUUCUAUGACCACUGUGUUUACACCAUGCUGAGAGAACUGGACAAACAGACAGGAGAGCCUCUCCAUGGUUACCGGGUGUGUAUCCAGGCCAUCCUACAAGACAAGCCCAGAAUGGCUACACAGAACCUUCCUGACUAUCUGGAGUUGUUGCGGUCAGUUCAGAACCGUCCGGUCAAGUGUCUGACAAUCAUGUGGUCUCUGGGACAGGCUGGCUACUACGACCUCAGCCAGGGGCUACGAGUAUGGCUGGGUAUCAUGCUGCCAGUCCUGGGGGUGAAGGCCCUGUCGUCCUACGCCAUCGCAUACUUGGAGAGACUACUGCUGCUCCAUGUUAACCUGACUAAAGGUUUUGGGGUCAUGGGACCUAAAGACUUCUUCCCUCUGCUGGACUUUGCCUACAUGCCAAAGAAUGCCCUGUCACCAAGCCUCCAGGAGCAGCUGUGUCGUCUGUACCCUCGUCUGAAGGUGUUGGCUUUUGGGGCGAAGCCCGAGAUGACCCUCCACACCUACCUGCCCUCCUUCCUGUCCCGGGCCACGCCCCACUGCCCUGAAGAUAUGAAGAGAGAGUUGCUGAGCUCCAUGACGGAGUGUCUCUCUGUGGACCAUCAGAGUCUGGGGGUGUGGAGACAGCUCUACACCAAACACUUACCACAGUCCAGUCUGCUGUUAAACCAUCUACUGAAGUCCUGGAACACCCUGCCACCCAAGUUGCGCGGUUGGCUGCAGGAGACUGUCCAGUCAUUCAGAGUGACCAAUGAGGAGCUGAGAGACACUGCUAACUCUGCUGACCUACAGGACUGUAACAAGCUCUGUCACUGUCUCCAGUUGAAGAUGUCAGGACGAGGUUUCCCCUGGUCCAGACUCUUUAUGGCGUUACUGGUGUUUGCUGCCGGGUUCAUUACACACGACAUCCGAUCCCGUGGCUCCUUCACAGACUCAGCCACAGCGAGCUAUCUCCACAGUUCAGGGGUGAUGGGAGUGUCUCAACAGGCCUGGAGCAAAGUCACCCUCUACUCACAACAGGGCUUCAGCUGGCUGGAUACCAACACUCCCUACUACUACUCAGAGUGUGUCCGUGUGUUGAGUCCGGUACUGGAGCAGACCUGGGAGAGAACUAAAGAUGCUGCCAUCUACAUGUCACAACUCACAACACAAUUCAUUGACUGGAUCAAUCACAACACACCCCUAUUAGUAGAAUGGCUGAGUUCCAGCACUCCGGACAGUGUGUUCCUGCUGAUAGACUACCUGAAGCAGCUGUUACUGUUCCUCCAUACCAACUACCUGCUGCCAGCUCUCUCACACGCCUCCCAUCUAAUAGUACAGGCCUGGACGGCACUACAGGACUCCUGCAGUGGGGAGGUGUCUGUAUCAUGUCUCCAGACCUACGCCCUCUCUUUGACCAACUCUACCUGGCUCCUGCUUCAAGACACCAGCAAUGCCAUCAAGACCUGGAUACAAGACCUGCUUCAGACCUGAUACACACACACACACACACACACACACACACACACACACACACACACACGCACAUUUAUACUGAUACACACACAUACUUCAUGCAUAUACAUGCUUUAAACACAGUCUGAGACUCUGCUUGCGUUGCUCUGGCCUCCUCCCUUAGCCAUCUCUCUCUGACUCUCAUGGGCUGUCACUAGCUAGGUGAAAUAAACAACAGUCUGUCACUAGCUAGGUGAAAUAAACAACAGUCUGUCACUAGCUAGGUGAAAUAAACAACAGUCUGUCACUAGCUAGGUGAAAUAAACAACAGUCUGUCACUAGCUAGGUGAAAUAACCAACAGUCUGUCACUAGCUAGGUGAAAUAACCAACAGUCUGUCACUAGCUAGGUGAAAUAAACAACAGUCUGUCACUAGCUAGGUGAAAUAAACAACAGUCUGUCACUAGCUAGCUAGGUGAAAUAACCAACAGUCUGUCACUAGCUAGGUGAAAUAACCAACAGUCUGUCACUAGCUAGGUGAAAUAAACAACAGUCUGUCACUAGCUAGGUGAAAUAAACAACAGUCUGUCACUAGCUAGGUGAAAUAAACAACAGUCUGUCACUAGCUAGGUGAAAUAAACAACAGUCUGUCACUAGCUAGGUGAAAUAAACAACAGUCUGUCACUAGCUAGGUGAAAUAACCAACAGUCUGUCACUAGCUAGGUGAAAUAAACAACAGUCUGUCACUAGCUAGGUGAAAUAAACAACAGUCUGUCACUAGCUAGCUAGGUGAAAUAAACAACAGUCUGUCACUAGCUAGCUAGGUGAAAUAAACAACAGUCUGUCACUAGCUAGCUAGGUGAAAUAAACAACAGUCUGUCACUAGCUAGCUAGGUGAAAUAACCAACAGUCUGUCACUAGCUAGGUGAAAUAAACAACAGUCUGUCACUAGCUAGGUGAAAUAAACAACAGUCUGUCACUAGCUAGGUGAAAUAAACAACAGUCUGUCACUAGCUAGGUGAAAUAAACAACAGUCUGUCACUAGCUAGGUGAAAUAAACAACAGUCUGUCACUAGCUAGGUGAAAUAACCAUCAGUCUGUCACUAGCUAGGUGAAAUAAACAACAGUCUGUCACUAGCUAGGUGAAAUAAACAACAGUCUGUCACUAGCUAGGUGAAAUAAACAACAGUCUGUCACUAGCUAGGUGAAAUAAACUACAGUCUGUCACUAGCUAGGUGAAAUAAACAACAGUCUGUCACUAGCUAGGUGAAAUAAACAACAGUCUGUCACUAGCUAGGUGAAAUAAACUACAGUCUGUCACUAGCUAGGUGAAAUAAACUACAGUCUGUCACUAGCUAGGUGAAAUAAACUACAGUCUGUCACUAGCUAGGUGAAAUAACCAACAGUCUGUCACUAGCUAGGUGAAAUAAACAACAGUCUGUCACUAGCUAGGUGAAAUAACCAUCAGUCUGUCACUAGCUAGGUGAAAUAAACAACAGUCUGUCACUAGCUAGGUGAAAUAAACUACAGUCUGUCACUAGCUAGGUGAAAUAACCAACAGUCUGUCACUAGCUAGGUGAAAUAAACUACAGUCUGUCACUAGCUAGGUGAAAUAACCAACAGUCUGUCACUAGCUAGGUGAAAUAAACAACAGUCUGUCACUAGCUAGGUGAAAUAACCAACAGUCUGUCACUAGCUAGGUGAAAUAAACAACAGUCUGUCACUAGCUAGGUGAAAUAAACAACAGUCUGUCACUAGCUAGGUGAAAUAAACAUCAGUCUGUCACUAGCUAGGUGAAAUAAACAACAGUCUGUCACUAGCUAGGUGAAAUAAACAUCAGUCUGUCACUAGCUAGGUGAAAUAAACAUCAGUCUGUCACUAGCUAGGUGAAAUAAACAACAGUCUGUCACUAGCUAGGUGAAAUAAACAACAGUCUGUCACUAGCUAGGUGAAAUAAACUACAGUCUGUCACUAGCUAGGUGAAAUAAACAUCAGUCUGUCACUAGCUAGGUGAAAUAACCAACAGUCUGUCACUAGCUAGGUGAAAUAAACAACAGUCUGUCACUAGCUAGGUGAAAUAAACAACAGUCUGUCACUAGCUAGGUGAAAUAAACAACAGUCUGUCACUAGCUAGGUGAAAUAAACAACAGUCUGUCACUAGCUAGGUGAAAUAAACAACAGUCUGUCACUAGCUAGGUGAAAUAAACAACAGUCUGUCACUAGCUAGGUGAAAUAAACAACAGUCUGUCACUAGCUAGGUGAAAUAAACAACAGUCUGUCACUAGCUAGGUGAAAUAAACAACAGUCUGUCACUAGCUAGGUGAAAUAAACAACAGUCUGUCACUAGCUAGGUGAAAUAAACAACAGUCUGUCACUAGCUAGGUGAAAUAAACAACAGUCUGUCACUAGCUAGGUGAAAUAAACAACAGUCUCUAGCCAACAGCUGGCAGAGAGGUAGGCUCAUUAUUAUGGAUAAGAGAGAGACCUGGUAGGCUAGUCUACACGAGGACAUUAUGGAUAAGAGAGAGAGCUGGUAGGCUAGUCUACACUGAGGACAUUAUUAUGGAUAAGAGAGAGAGCUGGUAGGCUAGUCUACAUGAGGACAUUAUUAUGGAUAAGAGAGAGAGCUGGUAGGCUAGUCUACACGAGGACAUUAUUAUGGAUAAGAGAGAGAGCUGGUAGGCUAGUCUACACGAGGACAUUAUUAUGGAUAAGAGAGAGAGCUGGUAGGCUAGUCUACACGAGGACAUUAUUAUGGAUAAGAGAGAGCUGGUAGGCUAGUCUACACGAGGACAUUAUGGAUAAGAGAGAGCUGGUAGGCUAGUCUACCUGAGGACAUUAUUAUGGAUAAGAGAGAGCUGGUAGACUAGUCUACCUGAGGACAUUAUGGAUAAGAGAGGUAAUCGUCAAACAACAGUCAAGCAUCGAUCACCAUGUCACCACUUCUAUUGUAAAGGAGCAUCAAGAUCCCAGUGCACUUUCACCACCCUGUGAAGUUCAUCGUAACUUAUUUCAUGUGUAGCCUCAUAAACGGCAUGGUUUCCUGAGUCGAAGUGGGAGGACCACACCUCAUAUCACGCGACUCCAACUUUACUUCCAUAUGUUGGUUAUUAUAUCAGUAUUUGCAUAGUAAGUCAUUUCCACCGCCAUUUCUUGCAUAAUACAUUUUACAGACACAAACAGAUCUAUCUCUCUCUCAGCCAUGUCUCAGAGGAGAACAAACAGAUCUAUCUCUCUCUCAGCCAUGUCUCAGAGGAGAACAAACAGAUCUAUCUCUCUCUCAGCCGUGUCUCAGAGGAGAACAAACAGAUCUAUCUCUCUCAGCCGUGUCUCAGAUCCCUCUGUCUGUUCUCCUCUAUCUCUCUCUCAGCCGUGUCUCAGAGGAGAACAAACAGAUCUAUCUCUCUCUCAGCCAUGUCUCAGAGAACAAACAGAUCUAUCUCUCUCUCAGCCAUGUCUCAGAGGAGAACAAACAGAUCUAUCUCUCUCAGCCGUGUCUCAGAUCCUCUGUCUGUUCUCCUCUAUCUCUCUCUCAGCCAUGUCUCAGAUCCUCUGUCUGUUCUCCUCUAUCUCCCCCUCAUCCUCUCUGUCCGUCUCCAGCUUGUUGUAAAUAUUUCUACCAACAUGUCAAUCUCUCUCUGGGAUCCCCUCCCCUUCCUCUCUCUGGGAUCCCCUCCCCUUCCUCUCUCUGGGAUCCCCUCCCCUUCCUCUCUCUGGGAUCCCCUCCCCUUCCUCUCUCUGAGAUCCCCUCCCCUUCCUCUCUCUGAGAUCCCCUCCCCUUCCUCUCUCUGAGAUCCCCUCCCUUCCUCUCUCUGAGAUCCCCUCCCCUUCCUCUCUCUGAGAUCCCCUUCCUCCUCUGGGAUCCCCUCCCCUUCCUCUCUCUGAGAUCCCCUCCCCUUCCUCUCUCUGAGAUCCCCUCCCCUUCCUCUCUCUGAGAUCCCCUCCCCUUCCUCUCUCUGAGAUCCCCCUCCCCUUCCUCUCUCUGGGAUCCCCUCCCCUUCCUCUCUCUGAGAUCCCAUUCCUCUCUUUUCUAUAAAGACUGAUUUAUAAAGUGUUAUUGUUUAUUAGAGGAAGGGUUAUUAGCGCUGUAUUCGGGUCAUAAACUGGUUAUUCAUGUUUAUAAAUACAGGAGCUCUGUUAGGGGGAGGGUGUCUUGCUCCUGAAAUCAAACUCUGUCUCUCUCUUGUCUCUCUUCUCGGUCUCUCUCCUCGGUCUCUCUCUUGUCUCUCUCCUCGGUCUCUCUCUUGUCUCUCUCCUCGGUCUCUCUCUUGUCUCUCUCCUCGGUCUCUCUCUUGUCUCUCUCCUCGGUCUCUCUCCUCGGUCUCUCUCUCGUCUCUCUCCUCGGUCUCUCUCUCGUCUCUCUCCUCGGUCUCUCUCUUGUCUCUCUCCUCGGUCUCUCCCUUGUCUCUCUCUUGUCUCUGUCCUCGGUCUCUCUCCUUGGUCUCUCUCUUGUCUCUCUCCUUGGUCUCUCUCUUGUCUCUCUCCUUGGUCUCUCUCUUGUCUCUCUCCUUGGUCUCUCUCUUGUCUCUCUCCUCGGUCUCUCUCUUGUCUCUCUCCUCCUCCCCUGACAGUGCUAACCCACUGAGCUAAUAAACACUGAGACUGGACUACUGCUGCUUCGCUCUGUUUACUUGAAGGCUGAUGAUGUUCUGUGUGUUGGGGUGAUGAUGUUCUGUGUGUUGGGCUGAUGAUGUUCUGUGCGUUGGGCUGAUGAUGUUCUGUGCGUUGGGCUGAUGAUUGACCUCUGUCCUAAACCCCCCUCCCUUUUCUCCCUGUUACGACUGAUUUAUGUCAGGGGUUUUGUUGUUAAUUCGUUACUUUAUACAUAUGUAAAUGAUUUCUAAUAAAGACUCCAGCCCCA